UUGUCACAGCCGUCGCUGCCCCCGCCGGCUGCUAUCCCAGCCCCUCAAGGGGCGCCCUCGGUUGAGGAGCUCAUUCAGCAGAGCCAGUGGAACCUGCAGCAGCAAGAGCAGCACCUCCUUGCGAUGAGACAGGAACAAGUUACAUCAGCAGUAGCCCUUGCAAUUGAACAACAAAUGCAGAAAGUCUUGGAGGAGACCCAGCUAGAUAUGAAUGAAUUUGACAAUUUGCUACAGCCGAUAAUUGAUACGUGUACAAAAGACGCAAUCUCAGCUGGCAAGAACUGGAUGUUUAGUAAUGCAAAGUCUCCUGCACACUGUGAGCUGAUGGCUGGGCAUCUGCGAAAUCGUAUAACAGCAGAAGGAGCCCACUUCGAGCUUCGAUUACAUUUAAUCUAUCUAAUUAAUGAUGUAUUGCACCACUGCCAGCGAAAGCAAGCACGGGACCUUCUGGCUGCCUUACAGAAGGUGGUUGUGCCUAUAUACUGUACCAGCUUUUUAGCUGUGGAAGAGGAUAAGCAACAGAAAAUUGCCAGACUCCUUCAGCUGUGGGAGAAAAAUGGCUAUUUUGAUGAAUCAAUUAUUCAGCAGUUGCAGAGCCCAGCUCUUGGACUUGGCCAAUACCAGGCAAACUUGAUGACAGAGUAUGCAACAGUAGUGCAGCCUGUGCAGGUAGCCUUUCAGCAGCAGAUACAAAACCUGAAAACACAACACGAAGAAUUUGUCAGCAGUUUAACACAGCAGCAGCAACAGCAGCAGCAAAUACAAAUACCACCGCUAGAGAGCGAGGUAAAAGCAACACCCCCAGCUCCAGCACCGGCUCCGGCUCCGGCUCCAGCUCCUCCAGCUGCCCCAGUCGCACAAGCAGAUGAUGGUAAGCCUCAGCUUCCUUUAGCUGGUUCUACAGAGUAUGAUGCAUCGGGAGCUGGAGUGCAAGAUCCAUCAGCUGCUGGACCUCGUGGCCCUGGAUCUCAUGAUCAGAUUCCUCCAAAUAAACCACCCUGGUUUGACCAGCCUCACCCUGUUGCACCCUGGGGUCAACAACAGCCUUAUGACCAGCCUCCUUACCCUCACCACCAGGGGCCUCCUCACUGCCCUCCGUGGAACAACAACCACGAAGGAAUGUGGAAUGAACAGAGAGACCAAGGAUGGAAUAAUCAGCGAGACACCCCUUGGAAUAACCAACCAGAUCCUUCUUGGAACAGCCAGUUUGAAGCGCCAUGGAACAACCAGCAUGAGCAGCCUCCAUGGGGUGGGGGUCAAAGGGAACCUCCAUUUCGAAUGCAGCGACCACCCCACUUCAGAGGCCCAUUCCCUCCACAUCAGCAACAUCCCCAAUUCAACCAGCCCCCGCAUCCACAUAAUUUCAACCGCUUCCCACCUCGUUUCAUGCAGGAUGAUUUCCCACCUCGCCAUCCCUUUGAAAGGCCUCCUUAUCCUCAUCGUUUUGAUUAUCCCCAGGGGGACUUUCCUCAAGAAAUUGGACCGCCUCAUCACCACCCUGGACACAGAUUGCCUCAUCCUGGAAUCAGUGAGCAUCCGCCUUGGGGUGGGCCACAGCACCCUGAUUUUGGGCCUCCGCCACAUGGAUUUAAUGGGCAGCCUCCUCACAUGAGGCGACAAGGUCCCCCUCACGUGAACCAUGAUGAUCCCAGUUUGGUGCCAAAUGUCCCCUACUUUGAUCUUCCUGCUGGACUUAUGGCUCCUCUUGUGAAACUUGAAGAUCAUGAGUAUAAACCUUUAGAUCCUAAAGAUAUACGUCUUCCACCCCCAAUGCCCCCCAGUGAGAGACUACUGGCUGCGGUUGAGGCAUUUUAUAGUCCACCAUCUCAUGACAGGCCUAGAAACAGUGAAGGCUGGGAACAGAAUGGCCUGUAUGAGUUCUUCAGAGCUAAAAUGAGAGCUAGACGGCGGAAAGGUCAGGAGAAGAGAAACAGCGGGCCCUCUCGGUCUCGCAGUAGGUCCAAGAGUCGAGGUCGCUCCUCCUCCCGGUCCAAUUCAAGAUCUUCAAAGUCAUCUGGCUCUUACUCAAGAUCCCGAUCUCGAUCUUGCUCCCGAUCACGAUCGUAUUCACGAUCACAGUCCAGAAGUAGGAGCAGGUCCCGCUCUUCUCGCAGCCGGUCAAGGUCAAGGUCACGAUCAAGAUCAAAAUCUUACUCCCCUGGAAGGCGGCACCGAUCCCGAUCUCGGAGUCCUACUCCUCCUUCUGCUGCUGGUUUGGGCUCCAGCUCUGGGCCUCCUAUACCUGAAUCAAGACUCGGAGAAGAAAAUAAAGGGCAUCAAAUGUUAGUGAAAAUGGGAUGGAGUGGAUCUGGAGGACUGGGAGCUAAGGAGCAAGGAAUCCAGGACCCAAUUAAAGGAGGGGAUAUCAGAGACAAAUGGGAUCAAUAUAAGGGUGUGGGAGUUGCCCUAGAUGACCCAUAUGAGAACUACAGAAGAAAUAAAAGCUACUCGUUUAUUGCACGCAUGAAGGCCAGAGAUGAAUGUUAAUUCUAUUUGAAGUGGAGGGGUGCUGCCUUGGGAACAAGUCAGACUGAUGCUGAGCAGUGUAUCCUAAUGUCUAAAUGGGGAGACAAGCACCUUGUUCCAGUACAGGUGACCUAUGAGCACUGUAUGAGCUUAUUAGAAUCUACUAUACAACUUAGAGCCCCUACACACCAGCUGCUGCAGUCACAACUCUACUCGGAACAUAAAGGGUUAACUGUUUUAGCCAUCCAAGUGCUCUAAGGGAUGUUUGAUGCUUUGUAAUGAAAGACAUUCUUUAAGCUUUUUAUAUUUUUGUAUAUACCCUUGAAUAAAAGCUAAAAUUAGUUCAAUAGAAGAGAACCUGUUUUUCCCCCAUUUCACAAAUUUCUAAGUGUGAAGCAUUCCUGGAAACCUCCUUUAAAAUGCUUUUGUAACUGAAUUGUUUCCAGACACCACCAGCUUAAGAUGUUAGAUCAUUACACUGCACAUCUACUCAAGAGGCCUGCUUGGUGGCAACCUCUUUCCAAAGUCAUUUGUUUAUACAGCAGAAACCCUCUUAAACCAUUCAGUCCAAUAUGGUGAAAUAUCUGUCUCUUCUAGAUUUACUGUAGCUGUGGAACUGUAACUGUCUGUGAAUCAGCCUAAGACAUCUGUAUGUUACCAACUUGUGAAUUUUACUGUUUUGCCCUCCAAUAAACACUUUUUAUUAAAAAAAAAAAAAAAAACAACAACCAAAAAAAAAAGCAAA